CCGCCGCUCUGCCAGGGCCGGGCCUCCGCCGCGGGCCGCGCACCGGGACGCCGAGGACGGGCUGCGACGCGCACUGUGUUUUCGAAGCCAAAGUCAUGACCUGAAACCCUGAUGACCGCUGUCGGGGCCUCCGGGCGACUGGCAAGUGCACCAUGGAGCUUAAAGUAUGGGUGGACGGAGUCCAGAGGAUUGUGUGUGGUGUCACUGAAGUCACAACUUGCCAGGAGGUUGUAAUAGCCUUAGCCCAAGCUAUAGGUCGAACUGGAAGGUACACCCUUAUAGAAAAAUGGAGAGAUACUGAAAGGCACCUGGCACCUCAGGAAAACCCCAUCAUAUCCUUAAACAAGUGGGGGCAGUACGCCAGCGAUGUACAGCUCAUCUUGCGUCGGACUGGGCCAUCUCUCAGUGAGAGACCCACCUCGGACAGUGUGGCCCGGAUUCCUGAAAGAACGUUGUACCGGCAAAGCCUGCCCCCGUUAGCCAAGCUGCGGCCUCAGGUGGACAAGUCAAUCAAACGGAGGGAGCCUAAAAGGAAGUCCCUCACCUUCACGGGGGGUGCCAAGGGCUUGGUGGACAUUUUCGGGAAAGGUAAAGAGACUGAGGUUAGGCAGAAGGUGCUGGGAGGCUGCAGGACGUCCUCGGAGGAGCUCAAGAGGCUGGUCCGGCUGCAGACAGGGAAGCUGCAGGCCAUCGAGAGGCAGCUCGAGUCCAGCGAAGCAGAGAUACGGUUCUGGGAGCAAAAGUACAGCUCCAGCCUGGAGGAGGAGAUCGUCCGCCUGGAGCAGAGGAUCAAAAGAAACGAUGUGGAGAUCGAGGAGGAAGAGUUUUGGGAGAACGAGCUGCAGAUCGAACAGGAGAACGAGAAGCAGCUGCAGGACCAGCUUGAGGAGAUGCGGCAGAAAGUGGCAGACUGCGAGCAGCAGCUGAAGGAGCACCUGCUGCGGAUCCGCGCCAUGGAGGGCGGCCUCCAGGCGGAGAGGCUGCAGCGCCAAGUGCAGGAGGCGCAGGUCAGCGAGGACGAGGUGAAAGGGAAGAUUGACAAGGUCAAGGGGGAGAUGGACCUUCAGGGGCAGCAGAGCCUGAGGCUGGAGAACGGCAUCCGAGCCGUAGAGCGGUCUCUGGGGCAGGCCACCAGGCGGCUACAGGACAAGGAACAGGAAUUGGAGCAGUUGACCAAAGAGUUGCGUCAAGUCAACCUCCAGCAGUUCAUCCAGCAGACAGGGACAAAGGUCACCGUGCUGCCGGCCGAGCCCACUGAAGUAGAAGCCUCCCAGGCAGACAUAGAGCCAGAGGCGCCAUUUCAGUCUGGGUCCCUGAAGCGACCUGGUUCAUCACGGCAGCUCCCCAGUAAUCUCCGUAUUCUGCAGAACCCCGUCUCCUCCGGCUUUAAUCCUGAAGGCAUCUAUGUAUAACUCUGUCUUGGGGGAAGGAUCCGCAAA